AUGUUCAGAGAAGGUAAUAUUGAAUUACAGAAAAGUUAUGAUAGAAAAAAAAAUUAUUAUACGAAGGAAACUGUAGAGAUAGAAGUUAUAGAAGCGCUACAGAAAAGAGAAUAUACGUUAAAUACCGUAAAUAGUUAUGGGGAAAAUUUAUUACACAUCAGUGCAGCAAAUGGUUGCCUUGACAUUAUAAAAGAAAUUUUUCGAAAGCAUGAUUGCUGUCACAUUAUUGAUAGAAAAAAUAAAUUUGGUUGGACACCAUUAAUGUUAGCUAUUCGUAAUAGGCAUAUUAAAACGGUGAAAUAUCUUUUACAAAAAAAUGCUAAUGUAAAUGAAUCAACUUAUCUAGGUAUGUCCGUAUUUGGAUUAGCAGCUGCAAUAAAGAAAGAUAUGUUUGAAAUAGUAUAUAAAGCAUGCCCAUCAGCACUAUUAAAUUCUUUAAAUGAUGAUAUUACACCACUUUGUAUUGCUGCUAUGAAGAAUGAUAAAAAUUUAUUUUUUAAAUUAGUGGAGUUAGGAUUUGAUAUUUCUAAAAGCAAUGAAUACACCUACAUUAUGAUGAAGCAGUCAAUAGUACCUGAAAUAAGAAAUUUGACAAAAUAUCUUAACAUAGAAAAUUAUUGGAAUGAUAAUUCAGAUAACAUUCUUAUAGGAAAUGAAUUAAAUACAAAAGAUUAUUUAAAUUUCUCCAAAUUAAUAACUAGAAACAAUAAUAUUGUGCCUCCUUUAAAUGUUUGUGAUACACAAAUUGUUACAUUUCAUACAUCCGCAUCUAAUACAGAUGUCUGUAACAACAAUACUAUAAAUAAUACAAAUAAGUUUUUAAAACCUUGUACAUUAAAUUUAACAACAAAUCAACAAAAAAGUACUCAGUGUAGUUUAAUUUCACCAACUUUAGCUUGUACUUUUAAUGAAAUAUUACCUGCAUCCCCAAAUAUAUAUUUUGUACAAGAUAAACACACUGAUGAAAUAAAGUUCACUAUGACACGUAAUAUAGAUAAUAAACAAUUAACUCUAGAUGAACAUAAAAUACCAAUAACUUGUUCUAAAGAUAAAGAGAAACUAAGUAAACAACAUUUGCAAAGAUUACAGUCUAUUCGACCAGUAGAUUUAAAUAUUCAAAGUGUGGAAGAAGAUCAUAAUACUACUCUUGGAUAUGUACCUGAAUUUAGUCCAAUGUCUUCACCAAAUGUACCUCCAAAUAUAAAUGAUGAAAAUGUAUUUGGAGAGAACACACCAACACCACCACAUUAUAAAACACCUCCGAGAGGAAUGAUUUUAAAUUCAGAAGAAGCAAAGAUGUAUCUUUUAUUAAAACAUUAUGGGUUAAGUCAACAUAUUACUAUAUUUCUUGAACAAGAAGUUGAUAUUGAUUUAUUUAUUACUUUAACUAAUGAAGACUUAAUUGAAAUUGGUAUAGAAAAUGAAGCUGACAGAAACGAUAUAUUAAAUGUUAUAAUAGACUAUAAAAAGUCUAUUAUAUAA